AAGUGCUACCGCUCAAGCAGAAAUACAUGUGUUUGUUUUAAUCUAACAUUUCGUACUACAGAUUUUCGUACGAAUUCACAUCCACUGUAACAGCCACCUAAGAUGCAUUAAAGUUAUGUGCAAAUUUUCACUGUAUUGCACUAAUUCUCUGCACAAUAAAUUUUUCUUAAUUAGUUUUAGAAAUAAUACAUUAUAAGUAUUUAGCGACACCAAAAAGUAUCAAAUAGGUACAAUGUUUCUAGUUAUUACUUUACUUACUGCAAUAUUGGCAAUAAUUUUCGGUUUUAAAUAUAUGCCAGAAUUUAAUAGAUAUUACACAUUAAUAGUGAAACUGCCAGGGCCAAAAAUGUAUUCAAUUUUGGGAAAUUUGCCGGACCUCCUAAGUGACGAAGCUACUCUUUUUAAAAAGAUUAGACAAUGGAGCAAGGAAUAUUAUCCAGUGUACAAGCUAUCAACUGCUCUUUACUUCUCAGCCAAUAUAAGUAGUCCAGAAGAUUUUGAGGCAAUUGCGUCUACGACAAAAAAUAUAGAAAAAGGUGCGGUCUAUACAUUUUUAGAUUUAUGGUUGGGAGAAGGUCUUUUAACAAGUACUGGGUCCAAGUGGCAAACCAGGAGAAAAAUAUUAACCCCUGCUUUCCACUUCAGUAUCUUGCAGCAAUUUGUAGGUGUGUUUACAACUGAAACUGAUCAUUUGGUAAAAGAAUUGAGGAAUAUUUGUCACAAACCUUAUAUAAAUGUUGUACCAUACAUUUCGCAGUUUACCUUAGGUGCAAUCAACGAAACUUCAAUGGGUACCAAAUUAAAUGUCGAAAAUGAAGAAGAUAGGUCAUAUUGCGAUGCCACCCAUCAAAUAGGAAAGAUAAUAACGCACCGAAUAACAAGACCUUGGCUGUAUUUCAAUAAAUUAUAUUAUUUUUUUAUGAUUCCCGGUUACAAGGAGAAACGAUUGGUAAAAAUCUUGCACAAUUUUACAAAUAAUGUGAUUGCGGAAAGAUCAAAAGAAUUUGAAACAUUUAAGGUGCCCAUCAGCGAAAACGAUGAGGAGUUUAAUUAUUCGAAAAGAAAGAAAUUAGCCAUGUUAGACUUAUUGCUUAAUGCCAAAAUCAGCAAUGAAAGUAUUGACGACAAAGGAAUUCAGGACGAAGUUAAUACUUUUAUGUUUGAGGGUCACGAUACAACCUCAAUGGCGCUUUGUUUUACAUUGAUGGUACUCGCCAACCAUAAGGAUGUGCAAGAGUUAAUUUUGCAAGAGAUAAAUAAUGUUAUCCCAGAUUCAAAAGCGCGACCCACUUACAAUGAUCUACAGGAGUUAAAGUUCAUGGAAAGGUGCAUUAAGGAAUGCCUAAGAAUAUAUCCGAGUGUGCCGUUUAUUGCAAGAGUGUUAGAAGAAGACGUUAAAACAAGUAAUGGCUACAUUUUACCAAAGAGAACAAUGGCCCAUAUCCACAUUUUUGAUAUACAUAGGAACCAAACGAUUUGGCCAAAUCCGGAAAAAUUUGAUCCGGACAGAUUUUUACCAGAAAAUUGUCAAGAUCGGCACCCUUUCGCUUACGUUCCGUUUAGUGCCGGACCUAGGAAUUGUAUAGGUCAGAGAUUUGCUCUUUUGGAGUUGAAAGUGGCUCUAUGUGGAAUAUUAAGGAACUUUGAGUUGGAUCCUGUGGAUACUCCGGAUAAUAUAGUUCUUGUCGCCGACAUAGUGCUAAGAGCAAAAAACGACGUUGUGAGAGUAAAGCUGAUACCAAGAAAAAAUAGUUGAGUGGCUCAUGACAUUGUAACGGAAAAAAAUUAACUGCUUUAAAACAUCUGAAUUAAAAAAUUUUCAAAAUGUUACCUAUAUAUUGAAAUUUACUACUUAACAUGUGUAUCUAUCUAUAGCAUUAAAUAAAAACUUAGUUUACAUAUUAAGAAAAAUACAAGAAGUCAUAUGAUAUUUGUUGCAAUUCGUGUUUCAA